AUGAAUAGACUGAAGGGUUCAACUCGUAGGGCUCGGCGCCACCCCACAGCUGCAGCGGCACCCCACCGGGGGUUGGCUUUAGGGGUGUUUAUCGGUUUGGCUCUCUUUUGCCUGUGCGCAUCGUCUCUCCUCACUUCCGCAGUAGCAGCUGAGUAUUCAGGGCAGGAGCGGUACGGAAGUCCUCCGGUGACAGUCCCGGGAGAGGGAGAAGUAGCCGCGGAUGAUGAGUCGAACCAGCAAGUUGGGGACUCUGUCGCUCUUCUGGACACCCCGGAAGAUGCGACUGCAAUUCCCAGGCUUUCCCGGAAGGGCAAGGCUUUGCCUUUUGGCCUCGCACUAUUGCUGGCGCUAGCUCUCGCUGCGCCUGCGGCUGCUGCCUCGCUUGGCUGGCUGCAUUUGCCGUGGAGAGGCUCAGACAGCGGCAAGGAGGGCCAGGGCGAUAAGCAAGACCCAGCGAAGAAGGGCAAAGGCGAGCCUGAGGUGGAGCCUCCAGAGGACUUGACUCUGGAGGGGCAGUCGCAGCGGCUGAGGGAGAUGAUGGGGCUGCUGCCGGUGGCUUCGGGCGUGGCUGCGGCGCUGGAAAUGCCCAUGGCCUCGGUGCUGGUGGCGGAGCUGCGGGCGCUGCUGGUGGCCGGUGCGGGCGACCGAGAGGCUGCAGAGGCUGCAGCAGCAAGGGGGGACGCAGCAGGGACGGCGGACGCGCUGGCAGCGCUGGUGGAGGCCAACAGAAAGGCCCGAUCUGCUGUUGAACACCUCGAGGUGCUGGUGCGCAAGGCCGUGAGAGACGAAGUCGUAGACGGCCCCUCCGUGCCCCGGGUCUCCACGGUCGAGGAGAGCUACUUGUCGCAUCUGCAGCCAAUGGCGGAGCCGGACUUCGUGCAGGCCUGGCGCACCUGUUUGUUCCACGCGGCCUCCGGGGCCCGCCGGCUGCUGGCUACGGCCAUGGACCGGCAGAGGCAGCUGGAGAGUAAGCCCCUUUACUGGUUCUCGGAGAAGGGCUCUUCGCUGGAGUACAGCAGCAAAUGCCUGCGCACCACGCGCCACAUCCUGGCCGCGCGGGCCCAGUUUGCUGCUGCAAUCAGGGGGCUCGAGGAUUCGGCUCUUUCGCUGCUGCGCUCGGGCAGCUUAGUAGAGUGGUCGGUGUUGGGGGCGGAGUUAGGGGCGCGACGGCGAGCAGCGGAGUUGCUGGUCGGCGCGGCCCUCAAGACGAUUUCUGCGGGCGAGGGCGGCGCUGAUGCUGCUGCCGCGGCCAACGACAGGCAGCAGCUGCUGCAGGUGCAGGCGCAGCUGCAAAGCCUGGGCCCCCCCUUCGCUGCGAUGCAGCGCCAUAUGGAGCUGUUGCAGCAGUCCUCAGACGUCGAGGACGUGGAAGACGCGCGGGAGGCGCUGGACAUGGUCGUGAGACACAUCAAAGAAAAUCUCUCAGCCGUUUCAAGUGUUAUUGAAAGGUCCGCCUCCGCCUUCUACGUGCUCCACGCCUCUGCCCCGCAGGCCGUCAGUGCCGCGCUGAUCACCGUAGACAGCAUAUGCGACAACGCUUCGCAUAUGCUGCAGCUAGUGCAGGAAAAGCAGGAGAUGGUGAGUGCGCAGGCCAUGUCGCUGCAGGCCGUACCGUGGAUGCCGCAGAACCAGCUGAAUGCCAUUCGGGAGAGGGCAGAAGGCUUGCUGCGGGACGCCAACAAUGAAAUGAAGCGAAUGCUGGUUGUGCGGGAACGGGCCCGCGGUGUGGCCACUAUAGACGAAGUGCUGAGUGCUGCAACAGAGGCCGAGGCGAUGGCCUACAAGCUGAGCCUGCUCUUGUCCAGCGCCUGCAUGCUAGAGCAGGAGACGCAAGUGCUGUCCAUUUUGCACCAGCUGUUGGCAGCAGCAGAUCAGCUGCAGGCCGACGCCCGCGACAUGCUGGGCCCCAUCGAGCUGGAAAGCGUUGCGGCCCCACUGGAGAGGCAGCACGAGCUGCAGCACGACGCAGGAGUAGAAGGCGCUAUGGCCGCCACCCUCACUGACGGCGCUAUGCUGUCCGGCGUUUUCAUUCGAAGUGCUUUGGAGGCCCACCAGAUCAUGAAUGUGGCGCUGCUGGGCCCGCUUUCCUCUACGGAACCGAUGGGCAGUACGGACGAGGCGUCGAGGGGCGUAGACGAAGAGGGAGAUGAAGACGUUUUCGACGACCCUCUCGUGCAGUCGGACCUCGAUGAUUCUGACGAGGAGACAGCAGAAGGCGCCGCCGCCGCUGCCGCAGCAGCAGCAGCAGCAGCAGCGGCAGCCGCGAAACCACAAGCCGUUAAGGGUGGCCCCGCGGAAAAGCCGAGGCAACCUGUGCCCAGACUCGUGCGCAGCGACGGCAUUGUGGAGUCUGAAAAACCUGCAACUCCUUUAGGAGCUUUCGGCGACGCUGAUAUAGACGAUAACUUUUACCCUGCAGACUACUACGAUCAGCCACCACCGUUACCAGUAGCAGCACCAGUAGCAGCACCAGAAGCACAACUCGGAGCUGCUGCAGCACCAGUUGUGCUGCCUCCGCCGGAUCCUUUCUUCUUCGUUCCCGAAGUGCAGCAACCGCCGCCAGCUCCUCAGCAACCUGUGGGAAUCGCCCAAACGGCAGCUCCAGUAGCAGCACCAGAAAUAGGAGCGAUCGGAGGCGCUCAGGCUGCAGGAUUAACAGAAGCCGCCGGCCAAGCAGACCAGCUUGAACGAAAAGAAGCAAGGGGGAAGCUGCCUGAAACAACAGCAGCAGAACCAGGGCGGCCGCGGCAGCCGCAAGUUCCAGAGCCGCAGUCAGCUGGGAGCCGGCGUGCAGCGUUUCGUGCUCAAGGGGCCGCAGCAGCAGAAGAGGAAGAAUUGCCGGAAGAGGAAGAAGAUGACGUACUGGAAGACCUAGGAGGACACGGAGGGGCGAGGAUUUUCGCCCCAGUGAAAAUCACGCAAUAUGCGCCACUCGGCAACGGAGAUCCCAUCGAAGAAGGAGAUUUCUUGGAGGAGCUGAUUGGCCCUCCCGAGCCGAGCCCCGAAGCCGCAGCACUAGCAGCAGAGCCAGCUGCUGCUCCGCAGCCACCGCAGGCAACGCAGGCGCAGGAAGAAGCCGAUGCUUUGCAGGCCGCACAGACAAAACAACCACAGCCAGGAGCCCCAGCAGCACCAGCACCACCAGCAGCCCCAAAAGUGCCAGAUGCCCCAGCAGCAACAGCAGCACCAGAGGCCCCAGCACCACCACCAGCAGCAUCGAAGGCCCCGGCAGCAACAGAAGCACCAGAGGCCCCAGUACCGCGAGGGGCCCUAGCACUAGCAGAAGCCCCAGCAGUGCCAGAAGCCCCACCACUGCCAGGAGCCCCAGCAGUGCCACAAGUAAAGCAGCCGGAAUUAGAUGAGGUUGUGUGGAGAGCAGCAACACCAGGACUGCCAAAGAUACCGAAAGAAUUGAUUGAUCCAGAAGCAGCAUCAGCAGAGGAAGACGCAGAAGCAGCAGCACCACCGCCAGCAGCAGCGUCUUCUGAAGAAGCAGCAUCGGACACACAAACAGAACAGUCGGAAGCAGAGUCAGGAGGAACGUCCUCAGGAGCAUUGGUAACAGAGGAAACAGAAGAGAGGCGAGAAGCACCAGCAACAUCAGAAGCAGAAAGUGCCCCCGAAGGAUCAUCAGCACCCGAAGCAGCAGCAUCAUCAGAACCUGAAUCAGAAGCAACGCCAGAAGCCCCAGCGCCACCAUCUGCACCCAUUGUCCCUCAAGCACCGCCACCACCGCCAACAGCAGCUGCCCCAAAAGAGCCAGAAGCACCACAGGCAGCAGAGAGUGGCUCCGAAGAAGCCCUAGCAGCCCCGCCAGUCACAACGGCCCCAGGAGCGGCAGCAGCGCCAGCAGGGGCGGCCCCAGCGGGCGCACCAGAAGCAACAGAGAGGGCACCGACCACAGCAGGAGCAGCAACACGGGGAGAAGCAGCAGCAGCACCGGAAGCAGCCGCAGCGCCGCAAAGACCAGAAGGAACAGAAGCUUCCUGGGAAAGCCUCUUUGUGAACUCGAAUACAGCUGAGGGGGAUAGCUCUGAAGGAGAACCCUACGACGACGAUUUUUCUGAUGAGGAUCCCCAGUGA